AUGAUUCCGGACAAUCAGAACAUCGAGCGCACUUUUGCCAUGGUGGAAGAACAAAUGUUCAGACUCACAGCAUGUUGGACGCUUCACUGCAUGCCCUGCCGAAUCAUCUUCAAGGACGUCAAGGAGCAAACAGAGCAUAACGCCAAAUGGCAUUGGGAUAAUUUCCUAUGUUUCGCGUGCGAUAUAGGAUUUGAAAAUGCCGUAGAUCUCAAAAAGGUCAGUCCUCGUCGUCCGUCCUCGAACUUUAUGAGUAACACGGGAAACCGAUGCAAGUCAGGCUUCAAUUCCGCCUUCUUCGCCAGAGCACUUUCCAAGCACUGUCUCACAAAGGGCCAGACUGGCCUGAACACGACUUGCCCCGGGUGCGACGUCGAAUUCGAGACCCUAUCUCUUCUCUUCGGCCACAUGGAAUCGAGACUCUGCGCCCUGAGGAACUGGCAGCAAGCAACAGGCCUGAUGGAUCUACUCUUCGUCUUGAAGCAAGAAAUCGAUGUUGCCAACCGAACUUGCAACAUUUGCAAAAGACUGUUUGACUCGGAAGCUGAUCUUUUUGAUCACUUGCGAUAUCAACAUGAGAAUACUGUCUGUCGAACGUGUGACAGGGUUUUUCGCGACUCGGAAGAAUGGCAUAAACAUAUCAUCUCGCGCACGCCGAUCAAAGUUCAGGCUUACGUCUGCGCCAUCUGCCGACCCUCAAUUGCUUUUGACAUGGAAAAGAACUACAACGACCAUAUGUGGCACUUCCACAACAAGUGCAGGCCUUGUGGACUGAACUUCGACAAUAAGCAGGACCGGUUGGUUCAUGGGGCUGUGAUUCAUCAUCGAUGCCCUGACUGUUUCCAGUUCUUCAUGAGUCCUAACGACCUUUGUAAGCAUUACAAGGAGUUUCAUGGAAUCAACCCUCUUACUGUGGUUAAGCCGGCCUUGUCGACGGUUCCACUGUUACUCGUGAAGAAAGAGUUUCCAACGGUCACUUCUCCUCCAACAAUCCCUUCUAUUCCGGCCGCUGUCAAACAAGUCAAGUCUGAAGCAAGCCCAGAAGUUCCUUUGGAGAGAGUUGCUUCUCCAAAGGGUGUUAAGCCUCCCGUGAAAACCCAAGGCCCUCGGCUUAAGUGUGCGACAGCUCAAGCAUCGGUCAUAUUCGAGACAUAUCCACCGAGGAGCGCUGUAGCAAAGGCCACGCCAAAGAGGAGGAAGGUCCAGAUGGGAAUAAAUCAGAGUUUGAUUACCAGUUUUUUGGUUUCUAAGGCAUGA